AAGGGCUCUUGGUUUUUGAUUAUGUUAUUGGGAGGCAGCAAGACAGGGCUCAUUAUCUUGUCAAACCUUCCUUCACCGGCGUAUAAAACAUAGAAGUGGGGCUAGAAGUGGACCCGCAGACUGAACCAAGAGAUGCCAUCUCUGAAAGAUAAGAACAGUAAUUUAGUUACAAAGGCAGACAUUCCACCUCAUUUGGCUUUCAACAAGUACAUCAUUAAUGGGUACAGGGCUGGAUAUUCAGUGGCUGAUUGCUUCCAAAGCUUGUUUCGAAUUCAUAAUGAGACAGUAAAUAUCUAUACUCACGGGUUCAUGGCACUUUACCUUAUGUUUGUCCUUCUACAAUGGCCAGGUUUUAGAGUUCAAGUAUGGCAUUUUGAUAACUUACUGACAAUCCACUGCCUUGCAAGUUUGUUCCCAUUUGUGGCAAGUACCAUUUACCAUCUCUUCUUGUGCCAUCACCAUGGUUCUAUCACUUACUACAGACUACUCUGUUUUGAUAUGGUGGGUGUUUGGGCUGUCAAUACAUUUGGAUACAUAAUAGCAAUAAUCACAACAUUCCAAUGCUUUCCAAACAUACAGUUGUUGGCUGUUGGAAUAUAUCUAUUACUGUCACUUAUUGCCUUGUACUACUUGGUCACAGCCAAGACUCCCAUGCAGCGCUUUGUGCCAUUGACAUUUUAUGCAGUUUCACGUCCUCUGAUAAUACUCUCGCGCUUUUUUAUCAACUUAAUGGAUAUUCAUUCACAUGGCUUAACAUACAGAUAUUACAUUUUAGUGGAUUGUGUGGCACUCAUUGGUGCUGUCAUAAAUGUUUGUAAAUUUCCUGAGAGACUUAGACCUGGAUCAUUUGAUAUUUACUUUAACAGUCAUCAAAUCAUGCAUUUUUGUGCAAUGAGUUCAAUCAUUUUCUUAAAUGAAGCAGUUCAAUUGGAUGUCAUUUUUCUAUCUCAAACAAAGUGCAGGGACAUGACAAUAGCAAACCAAUUGAUUUAUUGAAAAGAAUUAUUUUGUCCUUCAUAUUUAUAAACUGUAACAUAUUUAAUUCAGCUUUUGGCAGUGACAUUUUUUAUUCAUCAAUUAGAAACGUUA